GCGCCCGGCAGCCGCGGCCAUGGGGUCUGAGGACCACGGGGCCCAGAACCCCAGCUGCAAGAUCAUGACGUUCCGCCCGACCAUGGAGGAGUUCAAGGACUUCAACAAAUACGUGGCCUACAUCGAGUCGCAGGGGGCCCACCGCGCGGGCCUGGCCAAGGUGGGUCAUCCCCCGAAGGAGUGGAGGCCGCGGCAGACCUACGACGACAUCGACGACGUGGUGAUCCCGGCGCCCAUCCAGCAGGUGGUGACCGGGCAGUCGGGGCUCUUCACGCAGUACAACAUUCAGAAGAAGGCCAUGACCGUGGGCGAGUACCGGCGCCUGGCCAACAGCGAGAAGUACUGCACCCCACGGCACCAGGACUUCGACGACCUGGAGCGCAAGUACUGGAAGAACCUCACGUUCGUCUCGCCCAUCUAUGGCGCCGACAUCAGCGGCUCCCUGUACGACGAGGACGUGGUGCAGUGGAACAUCGGGAACCUGCGCAGCAUCCUGGACAUGGUGGAGCGCGAGUGCGGCACGAUCAUCGAGGGCGUGAACACGCCCUACCUCUACUUCGGCAUGUGGAAGACCACGUUCGCCUGGCACACGGAGGACAUGGACCUGUACAGCAUCAACUACCUGCACUUCGGCGAGCCCAAGUCCUGGUACGCCAUCCCGCCGGAGCACGGCAAGCGCCUGGAGCGGCUGGCCAUCGGGUUCUUCCCCGGCAGCUCGCAGGGCUGCGACGCCUUCCUGCGGCACAAGAUGACCCUCAUCUCUCCCAUCAUCCUGAAGAAAUACGGGAUCCCCUUCAGCCGGAUCACGCAGGAGGCCGGGGAGUUCAUGAUCACCUUCCCCUAUGGCUACCAUGCCGGGUUCAACCAUGGAUUCAACUGUGCCGAAUCCACCAACUUCGCCACCCUGCGCUGGAUUGAUUACGGCAAAGUGGCCACUCAGUGCACGUGCCGGAAGGACAUGGUGAAGAUCUCCAUGGACGUCUUCGUGCGCAUCCUGCAGCCCGAGCGCUACGAGCUGUGGAAGCAGGGCAAGGACGUCACGGUGCUGGACCACACCCGGCCCACGGCCCUGAGCAGCCCCGAGCUCAGCUCCUGGAGCGCCUCCCGGGCCUCGCUGAAGGCCAAGCUGCUCCGCAGACAAAUUAGUCUGAAGGAAAGCAGACACUGGAGAAAGGCUGAGGAGAGGAAGCCGAGCGUAGAGAGGAAGAGGGAGCAGACCAGGAGGCCGGGGCUGGCGUCUCACAGAAAACGGACGCAGCCCAAGAAGUCCAAGCCUGAAGACCCCAAGUCCCCGGGCGAAGGGGCAGCCGGGGCGGCCCCCCUGGAGGAGGCGGCAGGCAGCGUGAAGGAGGAGGCCACGCAGGAGGCCGACCCCGAGGAGGAAGAGGAGGAGCCGCAGCUGCUGGCGGGCCGCGAGGGCGCGGAAGAGGACGGGCGGGGCAAGCUGCGGCCAGCCAAAGCCAAGAGCGACCGCAAGAAGAAGAGCUACAGCCCCCUGUCGCCCCAGCUGCCGCCCCAGCCACCACCACCCCCCUCGGCCCCCUUCCCCGCCGAGGACAGGCUGCGGCUGCCACCCUCGCUGGAGCCCCCGGGGCUGGCCCCCGGCCCUGGGACUGCAGAGGAGAGCCCCCCACGGGCGCCCCUCAAUGUGGUGCCGCCCGAGGCGCCCGGCGCCGAGCACGAGGUCAAGCCACGGCCCAUCAUCCCCAUGCUGUACGUGGUGCCCCGGGCCAGCGCGGGGGCCGACAGGGAGCGGGCGGCCGGCCAGCAGGACCCACAGGACCCCGCCUGGAAGGAGCAGGCCGCCCCCAUGGAGCUGGCGGGGCCGGAGGAGACCAAGGCCAGGGCUGGCGAGGCACAGGCGCCGUCCGUGUCGCCCAAGCUGAGGGUGGAGAUCAAGAGGAGCCGCCGCCACCCCCUGGGCAGGCCGCCCACGCGCUCCCCGCUGUCCGUGGUCAAGCAGGAGGCCUCCAGCGACGAGGAAGCGUUCCCUUUCUCUGCGGAGGAGGACGUGAGCGACCCCGAGGCCCCGCGGUCCCCGCUGUCCCUGCAGUGGAAGAACCAGGCAGCCAGCUUCCAGGCCGAGCGCAAGCUCAACGCGGCGGCCGCCCUCACGGAGCCCUACUGCGCCGUCUGCACCCUCUUCUACCCGUACAGCCAGUCCCUACAGGCCGAGAAGGAGGCGCCCCCGGCCUCUCUCGGGGAGGGCCCCUCAGCCACACCGCCUUCCAGAAGCGGCCGGAAGACGCGGCCGCUCAUCCCCGAGAUGUGCUUCACCUGCAGCGGCGAGAACACCGAGCCGCUGCCCGCCAACUCGUGCGUCGGCGACGACGGCACCAGCCCGCUCAUCGCCUGCGCCAAGUGCUGCCUGCAGGUGCACGCCAGUUGCUACGGCGUCCGCCCCGAGCUGGUUAACGAGGGCUGGACGUGUUCCCGGUGCACAGCCCACGCCUGGACUGCGGAGUGCUGCCUGUGCAACCUCCGGGGAGGAGCCCUGCAGAUGACCACUGACCGGAGGUGGAUCCACGUGGUCUGCGCCAUCGCCGUGCCCGAGGCGCGCUUCCUGAAUGUGAUCGAGCGCCACCCGGUGGACAUCAGUGCCAUCCCGGAGCAGCGGUGGAAGCUGAAGUGCGUGUACUGCCGGAAGCGCAUGAAGAAGGUGUCGGGCGCCUGCAUCCAGUGCUCCUACGAGCACUGCUCCACCUCCUUCCACGUGACGUGCGCGCACGCGGCCGGCGUCCUCAUGGAGCCCGACGACUGGCCCUACGUGGUCUCCAUCACCUGCCUCAAGCACAAGCCCGGGAGCCGCGCGGUCCAGCUCCUGAGGGCCGUGUCCCUGGGCCAGGCGGUCCUCACCAAGCACCGCAGCGGCCUCUACUACCGCGGCCGCGUCAUCGGCACCGCCACGCAGACGUUCUACGAGGUGAACUUCGACGACGGCUCCUACAGCGACAACCUGCACCCCGAGAACAUCACGAGCAGAGACUGCGUGCGGCUGGGGCCCCCGCCCGAGGGUGAGCUGGUUGAGCUACGGUGGACCGACGGCAACAUCUACAAGGCCAAGUUCGUGUCCUCCGUCACCAGCCACAUCUAUCAGGUGGGCGGCCUGCGGGCGCAUGGUGGUCGCGUGCCAGGGUUUCCCAGUGUGGCCCUGGCUCUGCCCCUGCCCCGGGUGGCUGCAGAAGCGGGGUUCAGACAAGGGGUUCAGGAUAGCGGGGUUCAGAAUUGCAGGGUUCAGGGUACACGGGGUUCAGGAUAGCGGGGUUCAGACAAGGGGUUCAGGAUAGCUGGGUUCAGGAUAUGCGGGGUUCAGGAUAUGCGGGGUCCAGGAUAGUGGGUUUCAGGAUGGUGGGGCUCAGGGUACACGGGGUUCAGGAUAGCGGGAUUCAGACGUGGGGUUCAGGGUUCACGGGGUUCAGACGCGGGGUCCAGGAUAGUGGCCGCUGCACCUGCUGGGACUGCCGCCGGGUGGGGGCGCCCGCCUCUGCUCAGCUCUUGGAGGUCCUGGUUGAGAACCGCGCUGCCCGGAGG